AGAUAGAUAGAUAGAUAGAUAGACAGUACAGACCAUCGUAAAUCGAGGCUAUGUUUAUUGUAUUUUGCCAGUAUUACAUAUACAGCUGUAAUUCCUGGAACGGUUUCGCCAAAUCAGGUUUUCUUCGGUCUCACGAAAUUACGCCUUGGAUCUCAUCUCCCAACAGAGCAAUCACAUGACUUUAACACUGACCUAUUGCCACAGCUCUUGCUGCUUCCCAUCUCCAGAUAAACAAUCUGCUUUGAUUUGCGCAUUUGGGUUUUGAUUGACAGUCCACCAAUACUUGCUACGGUUUUUUUUCUCUAAUCGCAGUAGAUUAGACGGCACCUCUAUUUUUUACGUCUAGUCACACCUGCCAUCUCUUCCAAGUAAAACUAAACAGAAAGGAUUGUGGGUACCAGUUUCCAUGGAAACCAUUGUAAAUGAAUGCAGGGUAACAGAAAACAAUGUAGUGUACGCGGAACUUCAGUUCUCAGCUGGCAUGCAGAAAACUUUAAUCACCCUCCAUAGUUACAUGACAGCUGCCUAUGAUUGAGUUUUCUCUAAUGUUCCUCUGACUCGGGUUUCCUUUUUUGGUCACCGACAACUUCGGACAGUGAAGACGGAAUUUCCCAUACUGCAUUGUGACAGCGACUUAACUGUCUCAAAAAUGCCAGCCACCCCCCAGACAGUGGUAUACAAUUUGUGAAAAUGGCAGUCUCCGGAGAAGCCUCUGGAUCGGGGGCCGAGUCUUCUCGGGCCUUUCCAACUCUCCUCCGGUCUCCGAGCACGAUCUUCAGCGAGUCUGUGCAGCCGGCGGUGUCCGGGAUGGUCAGUCAGCUCAUGCAGCAGCCGAUGGCCCUCAAAUUCGAUAAGAACAUAAAACAGGCCUUUUACAAUACGGGCGCUAUGAUAUUCGUAGCGAUCUGCUGUGGGGCUGCUGUGUUGGUGUACUUUAUUCUGGAGGCGUUUCUCCGGCCGUUGCUGUGGGCUGUGCUGUGUGGCACGUUCCUUCAUCCUUUCAAGUACUCACUCGCCCGAAUCGGCCGGAGGUGGCUGUCCAGCCUCCAGGAUACUGGCACUCCGAUAGUACUGGGGACUGUGUUGCUUCCGGUGUGGUUCGUUAACUACGGCGUGGAAACUCUGGGAGACCUGGUUCUGAAGAGGCUCAAGGCUCUGUUGUUGCUCGUUGCUGGGGUGCCUAUGCUUUUUUUCCUUUACUAUUUCGGGAGCGUCAUCGGAGUGCAGGUGAUAAUUGGGCACGCCUGCGGAUGUAUUUACAGUGCACUGGACUACUUCAAUGCAGUUUGGGUUUUUACACUAGUUGCUGGUUACCUGUUGGCUGUGCUAUUCAAAUGGACUCCCAGCACACAGCCCUAUCUGAGAGCCAUUUCUGUACCUGUGUGGACGGUCCUGCUCUUCUAUUUGGCCUCAGUGACUGGCUCGUGGCGGACCCCUGUCUUCUUGAUUCUCGUUUCCCUCAUGAUUGUGGGCACCCUGCACGGAACGCAGAAAGUCAAUGGGAAAAGUGGUGAGAUCUCUAGCAAAGUGCUUUUCAUUGCUGCCAGUACCAUCUCCAUGGCGAUCUCCUACAGCGGCUUGGCAGAGUCUCACGAACAUCAUCCUGUGGCCCCUCCCCCAGGAUCCUCCAAGGACAAGCACGCCCCCUCCACCAGCUCCUCCCCUCCCUCUGGUUCCAGUGGCCAGAUGCGGCCUGACAUCCGCUUCUUCCUGCAGAAGAAGAAGACCAGCGAUAUCUACUUUGUGCUACUGGUCUGGGCCAUUGUCUUGGUGCAGAUCUGGCUCAACCUGUGGAUUCUACAGCUGCUGUCUGUGCCUGUAGCUGUGUGGGUUGUGAAGAAGCUGGUCCAGCACUUCGGACUGAUGAAUUUUGCCAGGAGGAACCUGGUUUCCUGGUGGGAGGUGGUUGAGAAUUCUGUGAUGGAGCGGCAGGAUGCGCUGGCUCCGGGGCCCAUCAGGGGCCUGGGACAUUUUCUUGUUAAAGUCGACACAAAGCUGUGGCAUUGGCUUAACAAGCAGAUGAUCAUCUGGCUAGAGAGAUCACUGGAUAAGCUCAUCAGCAUUUUCAUCAUCCUCCUGCUGGUCAUGGGGACCUUACUGCUGGCCCUGCUGCUCACUGCAAAGGUACACCAGGAGAGCGUGCAUAUAAUUGAAGUGACUAGCAGCCUGAUCAAUGAGACAGUCGCAAACCACCCAGAAUGGGCCAAUAUGCUUCCAGAAACUCAGGUAGUUCAGAAGGCACUGAAUUCUGCUGCUAAUAACGUCUAUCAAUAUGGAAGAGAAUGGAUAACUAACAAGCUACACAAGAUUUUAGGGGAGAAGGUUAAUAAUACAGCUGUGAUUGAGAAACAAGUCCUGGAGCUGUGGGACCGGCUCUAUCAGUCCUGGUUUGUAAAGAACAUCACUUACUCAGGGCGACACCGCGGUCACAAGACACAAAUUAACCGUCAGAACAGCUGGCUGGGAGACAUACUGGACUGGCAGGACAUUGCUUCCUUUGUGCACGAGAACAUUGAAACCUUCUUAUCCAUCCUGGAGUCCUUGUGGAUUGUGAUGAGCCGCAAUGUCAGCCUGCUCUUCACCACCACCACCACACUGCUGACCGUGCUCUUCCACAGUGGAACAGCGCUGCUAAACUUUGCACUGUCUGUGGUGAUUUUCUUGACCACUCUGUUUUACCUGCUGAGCUCCAGUGGUGAAUACUAUAAGCCUGUGAAAUGGGUUAUCAACCUGACACCACUGUCCCAGCCAGGACCCUCCUCCAAUAUAGUAGGUCAGUCUGUGGAGGAAGCUAUACGAGGUGUUUUCGACGCUUCCCUGAAGAUGGCUGGUUUCUAUGGACUGUAUACAUGGCUUACACACACUGUAUUUGGAAUCAACAUUGUCUUCAUUCCAUCAGCCAUGGCUGCUAUCCUGGGAGCUGUGCCUUUCCUGGGGACGUACUGGGCGGCAUUGCCUGCAGUCUUAGACCUGUGGCUCGCACAGGGAGAGAGUGUCAAAGCUGUGCUGCUUCUGGUCUUCCAUCUGUUACCAACCUACUUUGUGGACACGGCCAUCUACUCCGAUAUAUCAGGCGGAGGACACCCCUAUCUGACGGGUCUGGCAGUGGCAGGAGGGGCCUACUAUCUGGGCCUGGAAGGAGCGAUCAUGGGGCCGAUCCUGCUCUGCAUCCUGGUGGUCGCCUCCAAUAUCUACAGCGCCAUGCUGAUGAGCCCGAGCAGCGCCCAGCCCAUCCCAGUGCAGCCAGUCUGGCCUCUGAGCACACACAGGGGUUUUACAGACCAUCCUGAUGAUCCAAAGGAAGACACAGACUGAGGGAGGAGGGAGAGGAAGCCACGACACAUGCUUUGCAUGCUGGCUGCCAGUGCCUGUUGCACUGCUACGUACCAAAUGAACCAACCGGGAGUAGGCGUUUCUUUUCACAGCUGCUUGCCUUACAUCCUUUGCACUUAGUCUGUCAAGCAGACAAGCCUGCCUCACCUCAUUUUGCACAAAACCAAUCGGGGCUCUCCUGCGAAAGAAGGGGGCCAGGUGGCUCGACGCUGUCUCGUCAUCUGAACUUGUAGAGGCAGCUUUCUUUCAGUGUCCCGUUGAGUCGGUUUUUGAGGCUACAGAAGCUUUCUAAGAUUCUUUUCUUGUUUUUUGGGUUUUUUUUUCUUGUUCUUUUGAGUUCAAAACCUUGCAUUCUGAAAGCUGAAGUACUGCUCAGUGUUCAGCAUAUAUCCUUUAUUUUGUUUUGCUGUUUGAUUAAGAUAGAUCACAAAGCCUACAAUAUGGUUUUAGUCAAAUAGUACCUUCUGAAAUAUAGUUCAUUUGAAAUCUCUUAAGCUCACUGUGACAAGGUCCUGUAUGUUUAUAUUUAGUUUCAGUUGUGCUAACUUUUCCCUUUAAUUAGGGCUGUUGUUUUUUAAUGUUUUGCAUAUGGUUGGUUAUAACUCAUAAUAUAUGUACUUGAUAAUAUAU